ACAUGAACGGUUUCUCUAAUUAACAACAAAUUUAAAGAAAAAACAACAAAGAAAAAUAGAAAGCAGACGUUGUAGUUCCUCUUCAAACGACAAAGACCAACCUCUCAAACCUCGUUUUCUUGGUUUUGUUUGGCCGGUGGUGCCACCAUUAGUAACUAAUCCAAUGAAGAAUUCAAGUUCGAAGACUGAAGAUUGGGAGGUGAGGGCAGGUGGCAUGCUUGUCCAGAGAAGGGAAGCUGAUGAUGAUGGUGCUGUUGAUGGGCCUUUGAUUACGAUCAACUUCUCUCAUGAUUCUUCCCAGCACGAAAUCCAUGUACCUGCGCAAUCUACUUUUGGGUAUAUGAAAGAACUUAUUGAACAAAAAACGGGUUUGGAACCAAAAAAGCAAAAGAUUUUAUUUAGAGGAAAAGAAAAUGAGGAUAGUGAGUAUUUGCAUGAGGCAGGUGUGAAGGACAAGUCGAAGGUUUUGGUUUUGGAAAAUGUAGUGAGCAAAGAGAAGCUUGAGGAUAUGAAAGAAAGUGAGGGGACUUCAAAGGCUGAGUUGCAGGAAAGCGAGGAGAUGUCAGAGAGCAAGAUGAAGGAAAAUGAAGAAAAUUCAAAAGCUUUUCAAGCUAUUGCUGAAGUAAGAGAAGAGGUUGAUAAGCUCGCAGAAAGAGUCGCGGCCUUAGAAGUGGCUGUGAAUAGCGGCACCAAGAUUGCGGAGGAGGAAUUUGUAAUAUCAGCGGAGUUAUUAAUGAGGCAAUUGCUGAAAUUGGACAGUAUUGAGGCUGAUGGAGAAGCGAAGAUGCAGCGAAAGGCUGAGGUACGUCGUGUUCAGAACUACCAUGAGGUGCUGGACAAUUUAAAGACAAACAAUUCAAAGCCAUUUAGCAAUAGCAGCAAUGCUGUGUCAGUGACAACUGAGUGGGAGACCUUCGACUCUGGAGUAGGAAGCUUGAAUCCACCUCCAGUGUCAUCUUCAACAAGAAUUACUCAGGACUGGGAAAGAUUUGAUUAGGAACCUGCUGAUCUAGUUCUAAUCUAAAGAGCUCUGUGGAAUAUAUAAUAUUUAGAAUGUAGUACUGAUAUUUACGGUGCUACGGCUCAUUUAUAUUGCAAACUUUGCUUUCUUGACUAGAGCUCUUCUCUAUAUUGCUGUAUCCUUUUGGAUUAGUACUUGAUUUAUUAUUAGAGUAAAAUUAUUAAAAUUUAUUGUUUCAUGACUGUA